AUGAUGCAAAUCCAAAUCAAUUCUGAAUUAUGUUCUGCUGUUAAAGACUUUCCUACAGAUAUCAAAUUAGGUGACCUAUGUCAUAAAAUAUAUCAAAUUACAGGAAUUGAACCCAAUGAAAUGAAAUUACAUCUUAAUAAUGGUAUCAAAGAUGUUGAAACUAUCGACCGUCCAUUAGCUACAUCAGACUGUCUUAUAUUGGAUGGUACUUUUGACACAAUUAUUGUUGAAGAUACAAAUAGUGAAUCGAUAACGAAUCAAUUGAAAAAUAAAACGACCGAUGAUGUGGAAUUCAAAUUAUCUGAAGAUGACUAUAAGAGAAGAAGUGAUACUGCUCUUCAAUGGAAGAGAGAAAAUAAGUAUGGUAGAUUUAAUCCGGAAUAUGUUGGCAGGUUGAAGAAAGAACGAGCAUUGAGAGAUGCCAAAAUCGAGACAUUGAAAUUGAAUGAAAGAUGCUCUGUAAAGACACCUGAUCAACCAGAAAGAAGAGGAUGGUUACGAUUUAUUGGCAAAAUACCUGAUAUCAAUAAGGAAGACAUUUGGUGUGGAAUAGAAUUUGACGAACCAUUAGGUAAAAAUAAUGGAUCAUUUAGCGGUAAAGUAUAUUUUGGUCCGACAAAGGAUAACUACGGUGGGUUUAUUAAACCUAUUCACGUCGAAUCUGGUAAGCAAUAUACGCCAUUUUCUGAUUUUGAACAAAGUGAUGAUGAAAUAUGA